AUGUAUAAUGUGCUGCGCAUCACCUUCAUUUUCCUCGCGCUCCUCCGCGGCGCGAUCGGCAGCGAGCCAGCACCCGACAAUGGAGACCCGGGCUCGGCAUCUCGCCCUACGCCUGCACCUGUCAGCAGCACAUCUGCGAACACGUACAUCAGCGUCGUGCGAACCACCGACAUUUCAGGCACAUGUCCGAGCCGAACGGUGAACUACAUUACCCACACGCUGGCGCAGCAAUGCCUCAGGACAGACCGAGUGCCACAUGUUGCCAGCCACAGCCUGGAUGCGAAUGCCACGCCUUCCAUGACCAGAGAUGCUACGCCUGCCGCGCCACAAGCAAGCCAAGCGGGAACGCAAUCAGCUACCGCGCAGCCAAGUCUUUCAACUCCUCUCACCGCCAUAGCCAAUGCCACGGAAAAUGCUCCUCCCAGCACUGACGCCGUUCCUGCGCCAUCUUCGCACCACCGUAGUAUCGAGGCUACCCCCAUCCCCCUGUCUGAUGAGGACAACGACUCCCCACUCGACAACGCCAAUUUCCUCUCUUUCGACGAGUGGAAGCGGCAAAAUCUGGCAAAGGUUGGCCAAGUACCAGAGGACGUCGGGAGAGCGCAGCAAGCCGAGCCACACCGACCAAGGCCCAUCAACAAUGCUUUGGAGAGCAUGGGAGAGGAACAUGAGAUCGAUCUGGAUUUCUCGGGCUUCGGUGGACCUCAACCUGCGCCAGAGCAGCCCAGUGCUAAAGCAGAUCAUGAGCUCGCACAGUCCGUCGGUCUGCCACCGCUGAGAUCAAAGGAUGCAGGCAAGACUUGCAAAGAGAGAACGAACUAUGCAUCUUUUGAUUGCGCGGCCACCGUUCUCAAAACGAACAAGGAGUGCACUCACUCGUCCUCCAUUCUGAUCGAGCACAAGGAUAGCUAUAUGCUCAACAUCUGCUCGGUCAAGAACAAGUUCUUUAUUGUGGAGCUUUGUAACGACAUUCAGAUCGACACUAUUGUCUUGGCUAAUUAUGAGUUCUUCAGCUCAAACUUUCGACACUUCAAAGCCUCCGUCUCUGAUCGCUAUCCUGUCAAGGAGGAGAAAUGGAGGGUGCUGGGUACGUUUGAGGCUCGAAACACUCGAGAAUUGCAGGCUUUCCUGGUCGAAAAUCCUCUGAUAUGGGCAAAGUAUCUGCGUAUUGAGCUGCUUACUCAUUAUGGCACCGAAUACUACUGCCCAGUGUCUUUACUUCGAGUACAUGGUACCACGAUGAUGGAAGACUACAGACACCAGGAAGAACUCGCACGAGGGGAGGUCGAAGAAACAGAGAUUGAGGCUCUGGAAACAGAAGUCCCGGCGACACUUCCUAUCGCGCAAGAGCCUAUCGAAUCGACCGAUGAGGCCUCGAAGGCUACUGUGCAAGCCAUUCCGCCUAUUGACGGAGAACAGCCACCCCCCAAAGAUUCGCCACCCCCGUCGCAGGAGCAGGGGACGAUGCCCUCAGAACAGGCAAACAUAGGCGACAGUGCAGCAUCCCCAACUCCGACCAUCUCCGUUUAUCGCAAUGGCAGUAUGUCAAUGCAAGUCAGAGUAUAUGAGCCCACGAACCAGCAGAUGACCUGUGACACGCCGACUACAUCAGAGGAUGGGACUUCUACCCCUGCGGCGGCAUCUCACACCGAUGAGCAAGCCGCAAUGAACUCAGCCGAUCGCCCAGCUAGCUCGGUAAACUCGGAUCACAGCAAAGGCGCAACCUCUACGAACGUUGCUGGCUCGAACAAUGCCACGCUCAUUGGCAGUCCGUUUUCACGGACCCUGACCAAUCACACAACGAAACCAACCUCUAUAGGCUCCCAAAAUGUCACAGAAGCGUCAGCCUCAUCGACCAAUUCUACCAACCAAACAGUAGCCGCGACUGAUUCAACCCGAGUCGCUUCGACUGCAGCCUCGCCGCCUCCACCACAGCCUUCGACACAAGAAUCGUUCUUCAAAUCGGUCACAAAGCGCUUGCUACAACUUGAGAACAACAGCACUCUAUCACUGCAAUAUAUCGAGGAACAAUCACGCAUCCUUCGAGACGCUUUCAGCAAAGUUGAGAAACGCCAAGUCGGUAAGACUGCCAAAUUUCUGGCUACGCUCAACGAAACAGUAAUGGUUGAGCUCCACGGCUUCAGGCAAGCGUACGACCAGCUUUGGCAGAGUACAGUGAUCGAGCUUGAGAAUCAGCGUGAGGUAUACCAACGAGAAAUGCUCGCCAUGAGCACUCGACUAACCAUGGUCGCGGACGAACUAGUCUGGCAGAAACGCAUGGGCAUUGUCCAAAGUACUCUACUCCUACUCUGCCUCGCGCUAGUCCUCUUCGGCCGACAAGGAAACGGAGUACUCGACGUCCCAAUCAUGCAACACAUGAUGAACAGAUCCCGAGACGCCCUACGCGGCGGCUGGGAAAGUCAAAGUCCUCCCAACUCCCCUACAAGUCCCGACAGCAGAAGUCCCGUUUCUCUCUUCAGACGCAAAAUCUGGAAAUCCACCACUACUACGCCUGAACACCAACGUGAGAAAUUCCUCAGCGAUUCCGAUCUCAGUCGACAGCAGACUAGAGAAAGAGAAGAUGGAGGAAUUCUCACUCCUAGCUCAUCUCAGGAACGAGCACAUGUACAGGCACCGGAAGUCAAUGUUCAGCCUCCUAGUCCUCCUCAGCCUGGUACGGAUGAUUGGGAAGAUUUCUCGGAUCGAGGUGGUAGUGCUUCGCCUGAAUGUGAACGUAAAGGUGGACCGAGUAGUCCUGGGAGGAAACGUAAGAAAGCUAGACAUAAAGCUUCUACUAGUGGUGGGUUUGGGACGUUUAGGCCGAAGAGUAGUCCUUUGGGAUUGAAUUUUAUGUCUUGAUGAUGAUGAUGAUAAUAAUGAAUAGAGAAGAGAGGUUGUUGAAUUGACUUGAGUGUAGGAGUAGUGUAAAGGAAGGUUUUAAAUUCUUAAUGUAUAUUUUGACAAUCCUGU